AUGGCCGCGCUCCUCGCGUCCUGCUUCCCCGAGGACGACGCGGAGCGGCUCUACGACGAGGUGCCCUUGGACGUCCUCGGCAAGGCCGCGCGGGACAACGAGGCCGUCCUCGCCGACUUCUUGCGCGCCCUGCGCGCCUGCGAGGCCGCCGAGCGGCAGAGCGCGGCGGCGCAGGCGGGCCUGGCGCGCGUCGCGAAGCGCGUCGCGGCCGUCGGCGCGUCGCACGGCGCGCUCGCCGUCGUCGCGCGCGCGAGCGCCGCGCGCGCCGCGGCGCACGCGACGACGGCGGCCGCCCUCGCGGCGGCCGCAGCGAGCUGCGCGGCCGCCGACGGCCCCGCCGCGGGCCCCGCCGUCGCCGCCGCGGCCGACGCCGCCGCGGAGGUCGCGAGGGAGCGGAAGCGGCUGCGGGGCCGCGUCGGCGCCGCGCGGCUCAAGCACCGCCUCGCGCUCCGCGAGCGCUACCGCGACCUCGACGGCGCGCGCGUCGCCGCGGCGACGGCCGUCUACCGCGGGGACGUCCGGCGCGCGUCCGCGGUCGAAGCCGUCGUCGCCGCGCUGCUGGAGACGGAGCGCGCGCACCUCUCCGCGCGCCUCGGCGCCGUCGUCCCGGCGCCCGCCGCCGAGGCGGACCGCGCCCGGCGGCGCGCGAAGCGCUUCGCCGACGCGCGGGCCGAGCCGGGCGCGACGCGGCGCUACGCGGCGGCGCUGCGCGUGUUAGACUGGGACUUCCAGAGGCGCCAGACCGCGAGAGACGAGCCGGAGACGCUCGCGUCGCCCCUGCCGCCCGUCGUGAGCCGCGCGGCCGCGGCGCUCUUCCGGGUCGGGCACAAGGUCGACGCGACGCGCGAGCACGUCCAGGUGCUGCAGAACUUUCCGCACGCGCGACGGGCGAUUUUAGCGACGAUCGGCCGCUUCCGCGACGCGCCGGACCUCGGCGACCGCGACGCGGCGCUGGCCGUGGACGCGCUCGCGGCGCUCUUUUGCGCGGCGGUCAAGGCCAAGGACGCGCACGGCGCGACGCAGGCGCUGGUCCUCGCGGCGACGUUCUACCGCGAAACCGACGGCGACCGCGCCUUCGUCGUCGAGGCCGACGCGUUCCGCGAGGCGGCGCACGCGGCCAUCGACGCGCGCGGCGCCGACGCGUUCUACGACGACGCCCUGUUGGACGGCGUCGCGGGCGAGCUCCGCCUCGUCGACGUCGAGCGGCCGUCGCCCUGGGACGACCACCUCGACGACGCGCAGCUCGCCGAGGCCGUGCUCCACGUCCACACCGUGCUCUUCAACCGCCUCGUGGCCGUCGUCGCGAACAUGCGCCUCCUCGGCGAGCCCGACGACAUGCGCCUCUCCUUGGUCCUCCUCGCGGGCGCGGUCGCCCGCGCCGAGAAGAAGGACAACAAGAGCAAGAACGACGAGUGCCAGAUGGCCGUGGGCGGGAAACUCAUCCGAUUCAAGCCCAUCGCCCACGUCGACUACGGCAAGAAGCGGUCGGGCCCGCCGACGCUCGCCGACGCGACCUGCGUCGGGGGCUACGGCUACUUCGGCCAGACGUGCUGCGUCCUCGACGCGGAGCAGCCCUACGUGAACUCGAAGACGGGCCAGAAGUUCGCGGUCACGCGGUACCGCGGCCAGGUCGGCGCGCGCCUGAACGUCACGCGGUGCCUCCCGAAGGUCGUCAUCGGCGGCGUGCAGAAGGGCGGGUCCACGGCCCUCGCCGCCAUCCUCAGCGCCCACCCGAACGUACAGUUCGCGCCCCACAAGGAGCUCCACUACUUCGACGGCGGCCCCGCGUUCUGCCGGGGCACGGCCAAGUACCUCUCGCAGAUGAAGCCCAUGAACGCGGCCGUCGCCCCGCACGCGCCGGGCCCGUCCGUCGGCGAGUUCAUCUCCGCCGAGGCGACGCCCUUCUACGUCGCGUCGCCCGUCGCGUGCCGGAACUUCGCGGCGGAGAUGCCGGACGACGCGAAAUUGAUCGUCAUCGUCCGCGAGCCCGUGAGCCGGCUCUACAGCGAGUUCCAGAUGGAGCGGCGCCGCGUCGAGCCCCAGCGCAAGUUCCUCGGGAACCUGCAGCGCCACGCGGCGUCGCUGAUGCUGUGCUACGCGAAGAGCGCCGUCGAGAAGAACCAGUCGACGGCGCUCGCGGCGUGCCUCAACGGCCGGAACGCGACGGGCCUCAUGUCGCGGGACCGCGAGAACCGCUACGCCAUGCUCCUGGGCCGCGUGUCCAGCGUCAUCGCGCGCGUCCGCGAGGUCGCCGUGGCCCGCACGCCCGAGGGCGACGGCGCGCUGACGAGGUUCCCGCCGGGGUCGCUCGCGAGAUUGCUGGACGCGUGCUUCGCGCCGGCCUCGCGGGGCCAGCGGAUAGUCUUCGACUUCGCCGCCUGCGCGCCGCGCGUCGCGGCCAACGCGCCCUUCGUCGCCGCCGUGCAGAACGAGGCGAGCCUCUUCCUCCACUGCCUCUCGACGGCCGUCUUGCAGAACUCGACGCGCCUCUUGGACGCGGGCGCGUGCGUCCGCGACAAGAACGGCACGGCGCCCGACGCUUUCCCGGCGGCCUGGACCGAGCUCCGCGACGCGACGGCCGCGCGCCUCCGGGCGCCCCCCCACGGGCGGCGCCUCGCGAAGGACAAGAAGACGGACAAGAAGAUGGGCUGGGCCGCGGAGGCGCACGUCGCGCGGUUCAUCGCCGCGUGCUUCAAGCCGAGCACGGGCGACGACGGCUCGACCACCGCCUUCCUCACGAAGCUCUGCUACCCCCUGCAGAGCCUCGAGUACCUCAUGCCCAAGGCGGGCCUCGCGACGGAGGCCGAGGCCCUCGAGAAAUGCUCCGCGGACCACUUCGGGAAGGCCAACUACGUCGCGAAGACCGACGAGGAGGCGCACGCGUUCCUCAAGAAGUGCAAGCCCAAGGCCAACGGCGCCAUCCAGCGCGACUUCGUCUACCGGAGCCUCUACGCGACGCAGCUCCGGCGCUGCUACUACCAGGGCGUGAAACGGGCCCAGACGCUCGUCCUCGACGGCGCGGCGCUCCGCGACGACCCGGCGGCCGUCGCCAAGGACGUCGAGGCCUUUGCGGGCCUGCCGGCCUUCGCCUACGCGCCCGACCUCGUGUCGCCGACGCACGCGGUCGCCGAGCAGGCGCAGCGCGCGUCCAUCGCCAAGGCGUUCCCGUCCUUCGACGAGCGCAUCGGCUGGUCCAUCCACGGCGAGUACGACGACGAGGGGCUGCCGGCGAGCGUCCAAAGCACGCUCGACGCCUUCUUCGCGCCCCACAACGCGGAGUUCUUCCGCUUGCUCGGCCGCGAGCUCCCGGACUGGACGCGGCCCGCGGGCGCCGCGCUCGGCGGCGACCGCGACGACAAGCGCGCCGAGGCCCUCGCGGAGAUCGGGCUGGGGGUCUAGGGGCCCGGUGGUACGUAAAGUAGAUGCGUGCG